UCUCGAAAAGACUGAGUCUACUGAUCCUCUCUGAGUCCACGAAGAAACUCUGAGUCCGUGCGCCAGUGCUAUGUCGGACAUCAAGGCCUCGCCUCCUGCUCCGUCCUCGACGUCUCCAGCCUCUCCUUCUGCGGUGCUCCCAGGCUCUGAGCGCCCCAACUACCGCGGCAAAUGCCUCUACAAGACUGGCAAGUGCAUGAAUGAGCGUGCGCUCAAGACGUCGGGGGCGGCUCACAAUCUCUGCGACGAGCAUCGCAAUCGGCAGAACCAGCACCAGCGCAAACUUGACGCCAAGAACCGACUGCACAAGCGAGAGCGACGCGUUUCCGCUGGGGCCGCUAAGGGUGAGCGGUUCGCUCCAUACCCUGCGGCAUCGAAGCGCCAGUCGCUUCUGCCUCCAGUCGACACGUCGGGCGAAGUGGACUCGGUUGACACAGCUACAGAGACUGCCCCAGUGACGAUGCCACGGACACCUGGUGCAUCGUCAGCUGAGGCUGCUGCUACUACCGUUGGCACGGAUGGAGCAACAUCGUCGUCCUCAGCGGCGCAGACUCCAGUACUGGCUACGGCAAGCAGCGGCGUCAUGUUCCUACCCAACGGGCCGCAGCCACCGCAAGUGUCGUAUCCGUUUGUGAUGCAAGACUUUGACGGUAUCGUCGUCCCGCUGCCGUCCUAUCUCGAAGGACAAGAGAGAAUCGAGUUCCGCUCUCGAAUUUACCAGAAGGUGUUGGAUUUCAUCUCGGAGGAGUGUAUCCUGCGCUUCGGGGCCAAGGUUGAUCCUCCCGCAGUUAAUGCCACAGCUACUGAUACUGUAGAGAAGUCGACACUCCCGGCCCAAUCGGGUAUCACCGAGCUCGAGACUGAGCAUCCAACGAGCAGCGAGCGAGAUGCUCCAACCCCGAGCGAAGCCAACGACAUCUCGGACGCCCAGCAGAGCUCGCCGUCAGGGUCUGACGAGUCAAGCCCCUCCACCAAGAAGGUCCAUUGACGCGUUUCCGCCGAUCCCGAUAGCGGAGACAAUGGAAUGAUAUCUCGAGGUUGUAUGGUUUGAUGCGCCAGGCAAGAAAACUCGGUGCCAGCUACUGUAGCGUCGUCGUCAAGUGUCCACUGGAGCUGAAGCUGAGCGUGUUUGCAGAUCUAUUAGUGAAUCAUUCUUGGUCCCCAUAUGAAUGAAAUGCAUCCUUGAUACGCUUCGUCCUGAGAUUCUUGAGUUCUCCUCACUACGAACCCAUCGAGGCGUUCACUUGAUAAAAUAAUGGGAUUUUCAUUAUCACACAUCUAAUGGAGACUGACUACCAACGGAGAACACAACAAAGAGAGACCUCUUUCUCUCUAAAUCUCAACCUCACGUUUGCCUUCUCGUACUUGACUGUCAUCCAGACCGUCAAUACUGCUGAACGAAUAUUUCUCGUCAUUGUACGACAUCUCACUGUAGCAGUCGCUCUCGCCACGAGCGCGUAAUUGCUCGGCAUAUUCCGAGUCGGUGACCGAGUCCGCGAUGGAGUCGGUAAUUGAGUCGGCCAUCGAUGACCGACCGUCUAAGUCCGUCCGCCUCUGCGGCGGUCGAGCAAUCCCCUGCGACGACUGGAACGAGUACUUGCCGCUGUCCAGGUCACUGAUGGUAUCGCUGAAGCUCACGCCGCUCAUUCCGCCCAUCGUGCUGCGGUCUGCCUCGUCGUACUGCAUCUCCUGCUUCAUGCGUAGGUACUCACCAAAGACGUUCGGUGUGGAUGUGCAACGGGAGGAAACGUCCUGUUGCACGUACUCGCUCACGUUCGAGAAUCCGCCAAUGCCUCCGACAACUGGAGCUGCCUGGACGUUGCGUCCUCCACUCUUGUGGGAGCCGCGCGAGUUGUGCCCGUUUCCGCCUAAAACGGCCGGUGACUGCGACGCAUCGGCCAACAUACCGUCAAAGCUACGCGGAGAUUCGUCUGUGGGCACGUGGGAUA